GGGCAGGUGGGUAGGCGGGGUAGGUAAAGGCGAGAAAGUCGGUUGUGGUUUGGGUUUUCGAAGAGUCCGAGCUCGGAGCCUCCGUACUUUGGGUUUCGAAUUGUUUCCAGAGGUCCGUCUCGCACAAGCUGACAACUGUUCCUCCACGUAUACGCGUAUACGCGCUAGGUGUUGCACACGGUGACGUAUUUCAAGAGCGCGACAAACGACUUUUACUUUUGCGCAACCGGCGAAGGUUAUAAGGCUCGAAGGCUCGCGCCGUUCAUCAAGCCAUCUCGACCCCGCUACGCCCCUCCAGACGCUUCAUCGCACCGCCAGAGCCCAGCCUAAGACACCACCGUCACCGUCACACGCCGCGACAAUGUCGGCCGCGCUGGUCAACGUCGACGACGGCGACGCCAUGGAGCCGACGCUGCAGUCGAUCCUCGACCAGCGCUCGCUGCGGUGGAUUUUUGUCGGCGGCAAGGGCGGCGUGGGCAAGACGACGACAUCCUGCAGCUUGGCCAUCCAGCUGGCCAAGGUACGCCGCUCCGUGCUGCUCAUCUCCACCGACCCGGCCCACAACCUCAGCGAUGCCUUCAGCCAGAAGUUCGGCAAGGAGGCCCGCCUUGUCGACGGCUUCGACAACCUGAGCGCCAUGGAGAUCGACCCCAACAGCAGCCUCCAGGACCUGCUGGCCGGCCAGGCCGACGGUGACGCCGGGGCGGACAUGGGGGGCAUCGGGGGCAUGAUGCAGGACCUCGCCUUUGCGAUUCCCGGCAUCGACGAGGCCAUGUCCUUCGCCGAGGUGCUCAAACAAGUCAAGUCGCUCUCAUACGAAACCAUCAUCUUCGACACGGCGCCGACAGGCCACACGCUGCGCUUCCUGCAGUUCCCCUCCGUGCUCGAGAAGGCCCUCGCCAAGGUCUCGCAGUUGUCCACGCAGUAUGGCCCGCUGCUCAACGGCUUGCUCGGCGCCAACAACGCGCUGCCCAACGGGCAGAACCUGAGCGAGGUGAUGGAGAAGCUCGAGACGCUGCGGGCGACCAUCUCGGAGGUGAACGCGCAGUUCAAGGACGAGCGGCUGACCACCUUCGUGUGCGUGUGCAUCCCCGAGUUUCUGUCGCUGUACGAGACGGAGCGCAUGAUCCAGGAGCUGGCCAACUACGGUAUCGACACCCACAGCAUCGUCGUCAACCAGCUGCUCUUCCCCAAGCCCGGCUCCGACUGCGAGCAGUGCACCGCCCGCCGCCGCAUGCAGAAGAAGUACCUCGACCAGAUCGAGGAGCUGUACGACGAGUUCAACGUCGUCAAGAUGCCGCUGCUGGUCGAGGAGGUCAGGGGGAAGGAGAGACUGGAGCGCUUCAGCGAGAUGUUGGUCAAGCCGUUCGUCCCGCCUUCAUAGCCCGGGUUCUAUAUGCAGGAGUUAGAAGGCGACGUAGAAUAUAGAUGGCGGAACCUGGAAGUGCAGCUGCCCGUCUGUGCGUGCGCCGAGUCGCUGUCUGACGAUACUCACUUACAUCGACAACCUUGGUAGUCGCUUUCAAGCCUACUUCGUAUGACACCAGCGAUGGAACUCGGACCAUGCACACCGCCAGGUGAGAAGUACAAGACCUAGGAGUCCCGCAUGCAGGAUAGUGAUG